AUGACUUCAAUAAAAAAACAAUUGAAUAAGAGAAAAAAAGUAUUUGCUGUUAGAGGAAGCGAAUCAUCUAAUGAACUGUUAGUCAAACCUGAUGUUAUAUUAAAAGUUAAUUUAGAAAUCUUAAAAAUCCAG